UCCCGGAAAGGCUGGAGAGAAGAGUGUGUGUCCUGGGACGGGGGAGUCCCUUUCCCCGCCCCUCCCCGCCCCGUGGCUACGGCGUGGCUGAGCCCGGGGCGGAGCUGGCGUCUCCUCGCGGACGGGCGGCGGGACGGCGGCCGCAGCCCGGGGCAGGCAGGCGGACAGGCACAGCGACCGGCCCGGCGGGAUCACCCGCAGGACGACAACCCAGCGCGCUGCGGUGUGGCGGCGCCGACAGAGACCCGGAGCUGUCCACCCAGGCGGAGCGCGGGCAUCUUCAGGUCCCUGGGCGUAGACAUCCCGCUCUACGAAGCCUGGCCAUGGCACUGUGCCUGAAGCAGGUGUUUGCUAAGGACAAGACUUUCCGGCCCCGGAAGCGCUUUGAACCUGGUACACAGCGCUUUGAGCUUUAUAAGAAGGCACAGGCCUCGCUCAAAUCCGGCCUGGACCUUCGAAGUGUGGUGAGGCUGCCACCUGGUGAGAGCAUCGAUGACUGGAUCGCUGUGCAUGUGGUGGACUUCUUCAACCGCAUCAACCUCAUCUACGGCACCAUGGCUGAGCACUGCAGUGAGACCAGCUGCCCAGUCAUGGCCGGUGGGCCUCGCUAUGAGUACCGCUGGCAGGAUGAGCGCCAGUACCGAAGGCCCGCCAAGCUCUCGGCGCCCCGCUAUAUGGCAUUGCUCAUGGACUGGAUCGAGGGUCUCAUCAAUGAUGAGGAUGUCUUUCCUACACGUGUGGGAGUUCCCUUCCCCAAGAACUUCCAGCAGGUCUGCACCAAGAUCCUGACCCGACUGUUCCGCGUCUUUGUCCAUGUCUACAUCCACCACUUUGAUAGCAUCCUCAGCAUGGGAGCAGAGGCACAUGUCAACACCUGCUAUAAACACUUUUACUACUUCAUCCAAGAGUUCAGCCUGGUGGACCAGAGGGAACUAGAACCACUGAGGGAGAUGACAGAACGGAUCUGUCACUGAGUCCAGAUCUGGAUGUUGUUGCCAAUCAACUGGACCAUCGAACACAGUGUAGCUGGGAGAGGGGACCCUUAGGAACCUGUUGGGAGAGCAAUCUGAAGGCCUAUAGGACCCCUCUAGAGACCAAACAGCCCUGGACUUCUCCGAAGUCUGACUGUGUGUCCCCGACUGCACGGAGAAGGGAGGGCUUCAAGUGGGCAACAGAAGGAAAGGAGGAGGUUAGCCCCUCACAUUAAGUCCAAGAGUAGGGUAGGCUACCAAGUGUCUGCUCUGAUACUUCACCCUUUCAUCCUACCAUUGUGGGUCUCAAAUCCAUUUUGGGAAUAUGGAUGUGGCUGAAGUGAUGGCAAGAAAAUUAUGAGUGUUAGUGGCUGUAUCUGAGCAAGCAGGUAGGUGUGGGGAGGGGGUGAGUGUGGGUGUUUUGAUUGUGGGAUUUGCCUGAGAGAUCCAGGUCCUUCCUGGCACAUAGUAGGCCCUCCUGUUGGAUGGAUGGAUAAAUGGAUGGAUGGAUAAAUAAAUGGAUGGAUGGGUGGAUGGAUGGAUGGAUGGAUGGACAGGCUGACCAUAAGUCCAUGACCCCUAUAGGAGUAAUGACAGCAUAGUGACCCAAUUCAACUCUGACCACAUGCACAAGUGUACAAAAUGUGCAUGUAGAUGGACUUGUACCUCUGAAUCUUCUAGACCACCAUUUUCUAUCAACACAAGUCGCAGGCAGCUGAGAGGAGGUUAGAAAGUGCAGCUUUGCCCUGAGUUCCUUAAACCCCUGACCUACCACCAUGCAGGCUGAUUUGCUCAGCCAAGGAUGUCCAUAAAUUAUUUCACUCAUCUGCUUCCUGGAGGGCCUGGUAACAGUAAGCCUCUAAGCUAGGCCGUGGUGGCACAUACCUUUAAUUCCAGCAUUCAUGAGGCAGAGCCAGGAGGAUCUCUGAGUUCGAGGCCAGCCUCGUCUACAGAGUGAGUUCCAGGACAGCCAGGGCUACACAGAAAAACCCUGUCUCAAAAAACAAACAAACAAACAAAAAAAACCCAGUAAGCCUUUUGAGGGUUGAGAUUGAUCCCUCAUGUCCACAAAGAUCCCCUGGAUCUUGAACUGGAACUCAAGAUACUUCAGUCUCAUACCCAGAAUCUACUGACCUGAGUGAAGGCCAGCACAAAAUAGGCCUCUAGUCCAGAGAGCCACUGGAACUUGAACUGGGAAAUCUAGAGUCUUUUCUCCUAUCUCAGGACACCGAGGAUCAUGUAGCUAGUGGAGACCUUCCCAUCCUAAAAAUACCUGCCUCCACCCAACCAUUCUGAGACAUCCCAGCUGCUUGGAUCUCCAAGCACAGCUAUCCAAAGAGGCUGGGAUGCUCUUUCAGUAGCCAUUACUCAGUACCACCAUGCUGAGCCCUGGGCAGAAACUCACAGGUAGGGAAACCAUGGCAGAAACAGGCUUCUGCCCUUCCAGAGCCUUUAUCCUGAGAGGCCAGGAUGGAGAACAAGAAAUCAUGUAAGAAUCCUGUCUAUCUCUCGGUGUGCAAAGGAGGACACUGAAACCCGGAGGCUUUUAUAAAGCUGGUAUAAAAGCCAAGGCUCUUGACUUCUACUCUAGGGCCUGCUGAUUGUGACACUGAGAUGCAUGUGGAAUAGGGUUUGUCAGACACUCUCCAGGACACAACUUCCUGCUUUGAGCAAGGAUUUCUAGCCUGAUGUCAGAGAGCCCCACCACCCCUGGGUUGGCUCGAGGUGACUGCUGAGACAAACCUCCAAAACCAGACCCGUCAUCAUGGCCUCGGAACUGCCUGCCCUCCAGAGAAACAGCUGGGGCUCUCCAGACCAGCAGGACCUGGAACUUCUCUCUCUGCUGGCUCCAGAAAAGUCUCCAAGGGAAGCAUGCUGUCCUGCAGCUCUGGCAGUGGUUCAGAACUGGGGAAAGUGGGAAAUUUCCCCCACACUGGGCUGCAGAAUAUACUCUGAAAUCUAGGCUGUGAAAAGGGAUGAUGGGGGGAGGGAAAUAUAUUUUUGUGAAAAAGGGAAGAUUUUGCUAUUUUUGGUAAAAUAAAGACACAAAGCAACAGCU